AUGACGAAGAGCAUAGGAGAAGGCAAUGAAAGCUUGAACAAACCAGGAAGUAAAGGCAGUGGUCCCGUGCAUGUUUUCACUACCAAAGGCUUUAGGAAGAAUAGUGUCCUUGUUUAUUUGCAUAACAAAAUGAUGACAACUGAUAACUUCGGCAAGCAAAAGCCAGCACAAGUGUCUCUGUCAAAAACCAAACAGAUUUAG